GUCCUCUUUUUCAAACCCCAACUACGAAUAACCGAUCAUCUGAUCGUCCUUUUUCGUAGAGGUUCGAAGAGCGUGCAUUAACAGCGAGAACAGUUUGUUACUUUUCGAUAGAUAAGUACAUCUCCAUUGAGCUUCAGAACAACAGGUAAAAAUUUCUGGUAUUAUCUAUCUCGAGAAAAAGAAAUUGUGAUAUUUCUUCAACAACAUAGACCUACACACACGGGACACGGAGGAAAUCCUCGUGGUCCUACUUUUUCUUUCAAAAAGGACAAUCGAUUCGACUUCUACUCACAAGGCGAAAUACAGCGAACUUCCUCCACCUAAGUAGUACAAUACAACUUUCAACUCUACCUACACGAAGACUGGAUACAAGAACGAACAAGAUGAAAAAACUUUCUCCGGCGUGUCUUGUACUUGGAGUCGGCUUUCACCCGACGGGGGUGAGCGGUGACCGCGUGGCGCCAGAUGCGGGUGAUACUGAGGCCGAGCGCAUGCCACUGGCUGAGUGGGGAGCAGCUGGCAUUCCGGUACCUGUUCGAGUGGUGCGUCCAGAUGGUCGCGGAGGCGUCAAAUUUACAACGGUAUCAAGCUAAAACUUGAAAUUUACUGGUGGUUAAAUAUUUACUUAGUACUUGUUGUUCGUAAGUAGUCAGGAGUGAUAAUCCAAAACAAAUACUACAUUCGACAUAGUUACUGUCUAACAAGAUUGAGAUUGAUCGAAUCCUUCAUGUAAGUAUUCACAUUCAGCGAGCUGUCAACGUAAUCCAAAAGAAGAGUCGGCAGAUGCAUUUACUCAACAUGAAAUAGAUUUUCUUUAUUCUACUUUCUCAACGUCACCCUCAAGCACAAAUAUCACAAUAUAUCAAGGACAGUUCUGGAGCACUUCACUUACAUACAUUUCAUCAUCAUCCACCUCCGCUCCUAAUUAUGUUAAUGACUCAUAAACUACAGGAAGCCUCGCACACGGCCGACCCAUGGUGGCAACCCAAAGCAGUGCUCCAGUACAUCAUGGAUAGUAAAAUGGAACAGGCACAGUCGCGCAAUAUCACCUUUGCCGACGCGUUCAAUAAGACAUUAUGACGGAGUAGUGGUUAUUGAUUCGAGCUUAGGUUCUGCGGUCGUCGUCAGCAAAACGACUCAGCAUGCCUCUUCCUAUUUAUUUUAAUCUUUCGUUCAAAUCUUUCUAAGAGAAGCGGGAACCGGAAAGAACACUAAGCCUUAUGGGCCAUUGAUACACAAGAAGGGUCGGGUUGUGACUCGCGGCCAGCUUGCUUUGGGGGGCAGCAUCAAUGCGAACCAGGACCCACGUGCGGCAUCUCUGCUCAUCUCAGAGCAUGGUCGGAAGCCUGCAGAAUCGUACCCGACAAUCCAGAAAUCCCUUAUGAAGAAACGUCCGCUACUGCUACUAACAAUGUGUAUAAAGGUACCUCCUUCCUAUGUGUAAGAAGGAGGUACACGACAGAAGAAGGAGGAUGUGUAAGAAAGAUCUCAAAGAUGGACAAGAGCGAAGAUUACUCGUUUCAUCCAAGAUAAAGAUAGACAACAUCAACAGGGGAAAAUCGAAGUAUUGCAUAAGUAGGUAACUUCCAGCACGCCCUCAACGAGCCAAAAACGUUCUCACUGAUAACAUCCCACGAUCUUCAAUCAUCUAUCACGACCUCACCUCCUUAAAACACCUCACGUCUUUAUCCACUUAUGUCCCUGUUCAUACUCGAGAAGGACAGCGGCCUCACUCCUCGGGAAUUUUGGUUGCAAGCAAACACGUUCAAUUUGUUGACGGAGGAGGAAACACGAAUUGAACGCAGUCGAGGAGGUCCGAUAAAGUCAACACGUGUCUGGACGCCAGCUAAACUUAAGGCUAUCUCGUCUAGUGAACUGCUCAUCUCUUCUUUCUAUACAAAGUAAGAGAUUGGUGAAGAUCCCUCAACGAACAAUACAUAGUAUCUAUAAAGGUAACUUUUUCAUCCCUUAUUUUUCUCCCUUCAUGAUGAGUAUAAAAAAGGGAAUACUCUUGAUCUUGAGGUACGAUCCUUCCCCAGAGGCAAGAAAGAUGAAUAUGAAUUCGGGAUACAUAGCUCUAAUGAAGAUGGGAGAGGAGACGAGGAGACGACAAGUGAAAGCGAGGAUGGCGUCGAAGGAGACUAUCAUAGUGGUCUUAUGAUUUCAGAUGAGAAAGAUAUUUGAUAAGAGUACUUGUAAGUAGUGAGAUGAAUUCUUGAACAAGUCGAGAUAAGAAUCUCACUUUAAUCUGAUCACGUUGGAGAUUGAUCAUAGACUCUCUGGACUGGUUUGUUCUCCGUCAUAAAUCCUAGAUUAGUCCCUCCAACCAAUUAGACUAUCAGAGUAUUGGUUCAAAGAUUGAUUUUGCUAAAGGCUUUUUUCAGAUUUGUUAAUGUAAUGCAUCUGUAUCUGUUGAAAUAUUCGGAUUUUGAUGAGGAUUAAUGUAGUAAGUUAGUCUAAUGAAUAUAGCGCAGACGGGUCAGAAGAGGAGAGUGGGGAAGAGCACGAUCAUGAACACAAUGACGGAUCGGAUCACGAAGACGAGGAUAUACACACGGAGCAUCACCACGAGAAGAAGAAAAAGAAGCACCACAAACGCGAGUUGACACCGCUUGAUUUCUUGAAGUUAUGAAUCGGGGAAGAAUUGUCAGACUCAGAGUUACUGACAAUACUAUUUUUUAAUCUGAAAAUGAAAAGCAAAAUCCUCACUACUUAUACAGGAACAAGUUACACAGAAUCAAUGCACAUCGAGCAGGCUAGCAUCCGAAAAUUCCUUCCUCUGUGCUCCGAGACCAGGCGCCUUAUCUUGGUUACAAAAAACUAGAUACAUUGUCAUUGUGUUCUUGAGCUUUAAAUGUAUAUAUGAGACCCAUUUUCCACCUCCACGUCCUUGCAUAAAGCCCCUUUCUCCGGUCCUUCUUUCAUUUCUUACCGAGCUCUUUGGCGACUCGACAUAUAAGGGGCACCGACAUUACCGCUGGACCAGUUUUCACAAUUGGUUCGGUUCCUUCCUCCUCGAUUACUUGGUGCUUUGCAUGGACUUCUGUGCCCUUCUCGGAGGCAUUGCCCUCUUCCGGUCUGUCGCGGACGCAGGCGUACGAGGACUCAGCAUACAGGUCGCCAAAAUGAAUUUGAGUAUCAAGAGUAGAGAUAUUUAUAUAAACUAACGAAGAUAUGAUCGAUAUCCAAUGAAUCUACUCGUCGUGAAGAUAGUGAGCUUUUUUAGUUAUAUUUUCCUUCCCAAUAAACAAGAAAAAUACACUUCUUCUAGUAGCUAGUACAACAACAACGAACAACUCAUUAUUGCUAAGUACAAGCAUACAACGAUCCCACCAACAGAGCGCAUGCGUUGCUGCUGUCGUGAAGAUGAUGCAUUUCAUCGUUCAAGUGGAACACGCAGACGAGAACCCAACCGAACGCAGUGAUGCGGAAAUAACGAUGUUUAACUACAAGGGUCUCGUCUUACCUCAGGGAGGCUUUCUCUUCAUAAAUCUCCUCUCAGCAGUUAUUGCUAUCGCAGCGGUCGUCGUGGUCUCGCAGAAGGUACUUAAACAUGACAUUUUGGUUGAGUGCCUUGAGUUCUUUGAGAUACAUCAUGAUACAUACUUUUCAUGAUGGUUUUUGUUCGUGUCUGUCAGACAAAGAAAUGUAUCAUGGUACAGAGAACAAAUAUAGACGAUCAACUUCGAGAUCCGACUUGCAACAACAUGAACUACAAACUCCACAAAGUUAGAACUUUUCGAUAUUUCAUCUCAGGCGAUCGGAUUGGAUUACGUGGGUGACAAUUUUGGUGAUUCCGUGACGUUAGCCUUCCUGUCGUUCGCGUUCGGUCGAAAAUUCGCGAAGCACCUGUUCGACGCCCACUGCACCAAAUUCCGCUUUGCAUCUAUUUUCGCGAGUUGCUUUGCCGUGGUUUUGGGGUGGUUCGUCUUCCGAAGGAUGUUCCUGGAUGGCCGCUUCUUCCCGGUAAAUCCGAAUGCGCCAGCGGUGUUCCCGCGUGAACUCGUCGUUGCAAGCACGUUCGAGGCGGCUAAUGUAUCUUGUCUUUCGUUCUUGGAAUUCAUUUUCGAUCUUGUUUAUCCUCAGAGACAACUUCUUAAGAGCCGUCGUCCUAGCAAUCUUGAACUUGUUCUUUACCCAUUUUGAUUAAAGAUUAGGAAGAGAGAAACAUCGUCUCUCAACACCAACAUAACACAAUCAGAUCGUCCUGGUAAUCCCGCAAUUGCGCGUGAUGCGUACGGAAGGUCAUACGCCUGCACUUUUGGGUGAUUCGCUCAUGCUCCAGGCCUUGGGCAAAUUCUUCCGCUUCUUGUUCUUCGUCGUGCUGCCCUACUUCCGCAAGUGCUCUUUUAGUGACGUGCUUUUCUCAGUCGUGUCAGAAAUCGUCAACGUACUCCUGAUGGCAGACUUCGCAUACUUUAAGGAAACUUUCUAUCAAUGAAUCUACACUUAAAGUAGGACAGUUUUUAUGAAGGUCCUUCGCGUAUGUCUGAGAGGCAGUUGUUUUAGAAAGGUGGUUCUAGGUUGCCUGAUUGCGGACUUCGCAACUUGACUCAUUCGUACUACUUUUAGGUUAUCAAUACACACGACCUACCAAAAAUAGUGUUACUCAAUCAAAUUCAAAGCAAGACCAAACGGAAAAUUUUUGCUUGCGCUAAUGUUUGCUACUUCCGAUUCCGAUUGAUGCCACGCCUUCAGAGAAAAGGCGAAGUCGAUCCUGGAAAAAUGAAUCAGUCGGCGGUCAACAUAAUCCCGACAAAAGAGCUGACGGGAACGAUCGCAGGUGGGCUGCAAGUCUACUAAGUGUCCUAUAAUAUCAUUGGGUAUAAUUUUUAGGUAGUAUCUAUUACUAGAACUAGAAAUAUAGAAUUUUCUUCUCUGUGUAUUAUAAGUAGAAGUAGAAUCAAUUAAGUAGAUACAUGUACAUUUGAGACUUAUGCCACGCCAUGAAAUAGAAAAUAAAAGAAGUGAAAGUGUCGUAAUUGUUGUAGUAAACCUGAAAUGGAAAAAAGUGUAUAACAAACAAGUCCAAGACACCAUCUUGACUCUAGACUAAAUACUAAGAUGCACAGAAAUUAUUUGAACAGUCUAAUCUCGUAGCACGACAUGACAAAAAAUGAAAUAGAGGACUUAACUAAGACUUCACCGCAUUCUCGCAGCAACAUCGAAUUCGCAAUGCAAAAAUUCAUGUGCCACGUAUGAAUGUACUCUGUCUUCAUUAUAAUGUCCUCCUUCCGAGAAAGCGUCAUAACGUAAUCAGAAUACGAUCGAUAUCAACGUAUGCCAUCUGUAUCAAAACUUCUUUUGGUUCAAUCAAUAAUCUAUCUAAUACGUAAGAACAAAAAUCUACCACUGCAUAAACGUAAUAAAUUGUAAAACUUUUCUGGAGAUUAUAUUUUGGAAUAAAAUUCAUCUAACAUAGAAGGUUCUACCUAUUUUAAAAAAAUGUACAACUACUCAUUGAAUCAUCGAUCCACACUCAUGAUCUAUCGACCAUGCAACUAUUUACAUUGGCGUCUUGACCAGUACCUACACAACAUGAUUAAGAACUCCGAAAGACUGAUAUCUAACGGGGGAACGAAGAAAGUGAUGUCCACAGAAUUUCGGUUGGAGUGAGUACCUUUCUAUAGGCAUGUGAUGACUGAAUCUCAAAAUGCUAGCUUUCCCUGUACAUCUGUUUGUUAAAAAUAAGCAUCAACAACGAAAAGUGUAUACAUCACAUUGUUUGAAAAUUCAGAACUAGAAUAAAUUUCUCUUGACUCACUGGAGCUCUCUUCGAAUGCAGCGAUACCCAUGCCUAUCAUCUAUUGGAGAUUAUUUGAAAAAGAGGCUGCAAGGACAAGCGAGGAGGUCGCAUUCGCUAACCUGUUGCAGUAG